AUGCACAAUCAAGAUGAAGGAGGAGGUACAGACGGAGGAGGAGAGGAGUCAACAGAAAAGCAAAAAGCUGAGGAGGCCAGCAAGGAUCAGAAGCAGAGCAAAGAUGAGCACAACAAGCUGGAGCGGGAGAGCAGCGAGAAGGAGCCGAGGAGCAGGAGGGGGAGCCGCCGGGCCGGUCCCCCCAGGAGCGGCUGGGCCCUGAGCGACCGCCUGGCCAUCAACGUGUCGGGGAUGCGCUACGAGACCCAGCUCCGGACGCUCGCCCAGUUCCCGGACACGCUGCUGGGCGACCCUCAGCGCCGCCUUCGCUACUUUGACCCGCUGCGAAACGAACUGUUCCUGGACAGGAACCGCAUCUGCUUCGAGGCCAUCCUCUACUUCUACCAGUCGGGGGGCCGGCUGCGGCGGCCGGCGAACGUGGCCCUGGACAUCUUCCUGGAGGAGCUGCACUUCUACGAGCUCGGAGAGGAGAUCAUCGACCGCUUCAAGGAGGACGAGGGCUUCCCCAAGGAGGAGGAGAGACCUCUGCCGGCCAAGAAGUGGCAGCAGCAGAUCUGGAUGCUGUUCGAGUACCCGGAGUCUUCCGGCGGAGCGCGGAUCAUCGCCAUCAUCAGCGUUAUGGUCAUCAUCCUCUCCAUUCUCAUCUUCUGCCUGGAGACUCUGCCGGAGUUCAGACAGGAGAAGGAGCGGAGGGAGCAAUACACCACCACACCUCACCCCACCAACCCCAACGAAACGGUCCUGGUCCCACCCAACUUCACCCCCUUCCAUGACCCGUUCUUCAUCGUGGAGACCAUUUGUAUCUGCUGGUUUUCCUUCGAGCUGGUUAUGCGCUUCAUCAGCGCUCCGAGCAAGAUGCAAUUCUUCAAGGACGUCAUGAACAUCAUCGACUUCUUGGCCAUCCUGCCGUAUUUCGUCACGGUGGGCACGGAGCUGGCCAAGGACAAAGGCACGCAGCCGUCGGUGUCUCUGGCCCUCAUCAGGGUCAUCAGGCUGGUGAGGGUCUUCAGGAUCUUUAAACUUUCUCGUCACUCUAAAGGCCUGCAGAUCCUGGGUCAGACCCUGAAGGCCAGCCUGCGGGAGCUGGCCCUGCUCAUCUUCUUCCUCUUCAUCGGAGUCAUAAUCUUCUCCAGUGCCGCUUAUUUUGCUGAGGCGGACAGUCCAGACACGGCCUUCACCAGCAUACCCGAAGCUUUCUGGUGGGCGGUGGUUUCCAUGACGACGGUCGGCUACGGUGACAUGUACCCGAUUACGGUCGGAGGAAAGCUGGUGGGCUCCAUGUGCGCCAUCGCCGGCGUGCUCACCAUCUCCUUGCCCGUGCCCGUCAUCGUGUCCAACUUCAGCUACUUUUACCACAGAGAGAUGGAAUGCGAGGACACCAGAGAGUAUCACCACGUCUCCACGUCCGUCUGGGAGAAGGGCGAGGAGGACGGAGAGGAGGACGAGGAGGAGGACGGAAUGGACGAGGAUCCGGAGAGCACGCUGGAUUACGCCCCCCUGUACGGGCAGAAUAGGGCUGUGUGCCCGCCGCUCAACGGGACCCUCAUGUCUGGGGUUUGUGGCGGACCGGUAACAGGCGACCCCAUGACCUUAAGGUUCUGUCCCAAAGAACCGUUGGUUACUCAGGUCUAACAAAUUUAUGCUCUGCUGCAGAAUAGGAGGACUGCCAAAAAAAACAAACAAAAAACUUGGAGAAACAAGAUUUCAAACUUUUGCAUUUAUCAUUUUGUGUGAACUUAUGGAAUGAAAAACAAAAGACAUUUUGUCUCCAGCUGCAAAGCAUGCUAUGUAUUUUAUCAUAUUUAUUUGUAUGACAAAUGUCAUUCUAAGAGUGAUGGAAAAUACUUUAAAAGUGAUUUUACUUAAGAGUUGGUGUCUGCUUUUGCGUGCAGCAAAUGUGAAAUGAUUCCCAUCGUCUUGGUAAAAAAGGGUUUCUCCUCACUCCUUUUUUCAUUUUUUGAUUGUACAAGUUAAAUGCGGAUGCACUGAAUGUUUAGACAACACUGUUGUCCUGCUGACAAGGACAGAACAGAGAUUCCUCUCUGGUUGGCAGCACAGCAGAACAUUUUGAUGCGGUUGACCACUGGCCAGUUUAAAGACCGACUUUAGUCAUCGAAGCGUCCCCAGUGGUCUUUUAAUGAUGAUGAUGAUGCAGUUUUUAGCCAAAAAACAAAAGAAAACUGACAUAUUCUAGGACAUAUUUUCUGCAGAGCGACAGGAGUUCAUUAGAAAUUCACCUCUGAGUUGUGAGCGGUGCUGCUGGAGCAUCCCAAAUACCCCUUCUGUUCCUGAGAGCUUUCUGUUUACAUGGUCUCCGCCUAGCUUACAACCCCUCACACCCCCAAGCUACCUUGUGCAACGAGGAAAACAAAGACGUUCAAGGAUCUAUUUGUCUGCAAGUGGAU